AUUAUUUUAAGUUGAUAUUGAGGAAGAACCAUAACAUAUUAGGACUUUUAAUUACCUGUAUUUGAUGAUGUCUGGAUCUUAUGGAGCGACAUACAGCGCUACGGGGGUGGGGUUUCAGACUCAUAUUCCGACAUGGGCAGCUAUACCGUACAAUGUUAGUCAACGAGCACCACCACUCGCCAGUAUGCCAGCGAUGUGGCAGCAUAGAUACGACACUUUCAAUCCUACCCAUAGCAGCCACGUAGAUAUGUACCAGAGAGGAUAUGAUAGAUAUGCACACACAGAACCUUACUGGUAUUCGAGGAAAGUCGAUACUGUGAGACAGGGAUCAGAACAGGAACGAAAUUGGCACUGGCAACGACACGUACAACCUUCCAGGGCGCAAUACAAUACACGAUGGGAGGCGCCAAUACCCAUGGAAAAGUUCUGGGACAGAUCUGCAAAUCCUGGACCAAUGCACGAACUGAAGCAAAAGGGACAAUAUACCCCGGAUAAAUAUGAAAUUGACUAUAUGAAACAUGAAAGGACUCAAUUACCACCAAUCGCUCCAUGAGCUAUGAUUGACUACACUUUUUAUUUAAUUCUCAUUAAUAAAUUGCUAUAAAAUAAAUAAUUAUAAAAUAACAUCUAUUUUAGUUUAUAUUCAUAUAAUAAAAGCUGGACGGAGGAUAUAUCAUGAGGAUAUAUCUCUUGUAUUUGUCACUUUUGUCACGUUCAAUAAAUGACAGAGACAUACAUACGUAGAUUGGCAUGUUAAGAUUUUACAGUGAUGCUGGUGAUAGAAUCAGCUAAAUGUUCUCAAAUAUCGCAUUGAUCAAUAUCCUUCUCUAAUCAACUUGAAAGGAAAAAA